CCAGUCAACCCGCCCCCUCUGCCUUCGCUCCAUACUAUACAGCGGCAGCCACCAGUGCUCCUCCCCACCCCACCCCCCGCUCGCGCUCACUCCUUGGCUCGCUCGGUCAGUAGUGGUAGGCCGGCAGGAAGGCUCCCGCUCCCGGCCCACUCACAGCUGCCUGCCAUCGACAACGCGCGCGCGCGCACGGGAGCGUGCGGUGUCCGCUGUUUCCAUGGCUCCAUCCCGCGCCGGCGCCGGCGCCGUGCUGCCCGUGGUGGUGGCGCUCCUCCUCGGCGUCGCCGCCACCACCGGUGGCGCCAGGAAGAUGGCGUCCCACGGCGAGGUAAAGAUUGGUUUGAUGAAACCCAGAAGGGGAUGGAAAACCAAGAAAAAUCGAUGAAGGGUGGGAGACUGGACGAAGGGAUGAUGGGAAUAAAAUUGGGCGCGAAUCUCAAGGCAUCUCCUGGCGCGCCUGCGGCCGGCGGCUCGGCGGACCAGUUCCGGGGGAAGGCGCGGCUGCCGAGCUUCGCCGCGCCGCGCCGCUACGAGCUCUUCCUCCGCCCCGACCUCGUCGCCUGCACCUUCUCCGGCUCGGUGGCCAUCUCCGUCGCCGUCUCCGCGCCCACCCGCUUCCUCGUGCUCAACGCCCUCGACCUCUCCGUCAACCGCACCUCCAUCCGCUUCCAGGUAAGGGGAAUGAGAAGGAAAAUGAAAUUCCUCGAGACCUCGCCCUGUCCUCAUCGUCCUUCGCCGGCACGGUUGUCGCAGGCUUUGGAGCCCACGGAGGUGGUGUUCUUCAAGGAUGACGGUGUGUUGGUGCUCGGGUUCGCCAAGCAGCUGCCCCUCGGCGAGGGCCUGCUCAAGAUGGACUUCAACGGCAUUCUUAACGACCAGAUGAGAGGCUUCUACAGGAGUAAGUACCAGUAUAAGGGGAAAGAGAGAAACAUGGCGGUGACGCAGUUUGAGUCUGUGGAUGCGCGGCGGUGCUUCCCCUGCUGGGAUGAGCCCGCAUUCAAGGCUAAGUUCAAGCUAACACUUGAAGUUCCAUCUGAGCUGGUAGCACUGUCCAACAUGCCAGUAGGUAACGCGACAUUUGCUGGUCCUAUCAAAACUGUGCGUUACCUGGAAUCGCCACCUAUGUCAACUUAUUUAGUGGCCAUAGUUGUCGGUUUGUUUGAAUAUGUAGAGGGUAUGACAACAAAAGGCACGAGAGUUCGUGUGUACACUCAAAUUGGUAAGAGUAACCAAGGGAAGUUUGCACUAGAUGUUGGAGUGAAGUCGUUGAAUCUCUAUAAAGAUUACUUUGACACUCCUUUUCCACUCCCCAAGUUGGAUAUGGUUGCUAUCCCCGAUUUUGCUGCUGGAGCCAUGGAGAACUAUGGAUUGGUCACUUACCGGGAAGUAGCUUUGCUUUUCGAUGACAAGUCUUCAUCAGCAUCCAGCAGACAGAGUGUUGCAAUUACUGUGGCACAUGAAUUGGCUCAUCAAUGGUUUGGCAAUCUUGUAACCAUGGAAUGGUGGACUCACUUGUGGUUAAAUGAGGGAUUUGCCACAUGGGUGAGCCAUCUAGCAGUAGAUUCUUUUUUUCCACAAUGGAAUAUCUGGACACAGUUUCUCGAUAGCACAACCACUGCUCUCAGGCUGGAUUCACUAGAGGCGUCUCAUCCCAUUGAGGUUGAAAUACACCAUGCCAGUGAAGUUGAUCAGAUUUUUGAUGCUAUUAGCUAUGACAAGGGUGCUUCUGUUAUUCGCAUGCUACAAAGUUACCUUGGCGCAGAGCGUUUUCAGAAAGCGAUGGCUUCAUAUAUGAAGAAAUAUGCAUUCUCAAAUGCUAAAACCGAGGACCUGUGGGCUGUUCUUGAAAAGGAAACUGGUGAACCUGUCAAGGAUUUGAUGACUACAUGGACGAAGCAAAAAGGUUAUCCUGUUAUUAAUGCGAAAAUUAAAGGGGAUGACAUAGAGAUUGAGCAGGCCCAGUUUUUGUUAGAUGGGUCCUCUGGCUCUGGCAUGUGGAUUGUCCCUAUAACUUCAGGAUGUGGUGCAUAUGAUACACAGAAAAAGUUCUUGUUGAAACUUAAACGUGAUAAGAUGGUCAUUGGUUCACAAUGUGGUGACCGAAAGAAGGGUGGAAACUUUUGGACUAAGUUGAAUAUAAAUGGAACUGGAUUUUACAGAGUUAAAUAUGACGAUGAGCUUGCAGCUGCACUUCAAAAUGCGUUGGAGACAAAGAAGCUCUCACUAAUGGAUAAAAUUGGCACUGUGGAUGACUUAUAUGCGCUUUCUAUUGCCCGCCAGCAAACAUUUGCGUCGUUGCUACGUUUACUCUACGGUUAUCGUGGGGAAGCUGAUUAUAGUGUUCUUUCACACAUAAACACUGUAACCACAAGUAUAGCUAAAGUAUCUGCUGAUGCUACUCCUGCCUUGGCUGGUGACAUCAAACAACUUUUGAUCAAGAUUCUUUUGUCACCUGCAGAAAAGUUAGGCUGGGACCCCAAGAAGGGUGAAAGCCACCUGGAUGUAAUGCUUAGACCACUGCUGUUGACUGCACUUGUCCAACUUGGACAUGGUAAGACCAUUAAUGAAGGAGUUAGGCGCUUUAACAUCUUCACACGUGAUCGCGGCACUUCUCUUCUUCCUCCGGAUACUAGAAAGGCCGCAUACCUUGCUGUGAUGCAGAAUGUUAGUAGUUCAAACAGAUCCGGUUAUGAUGCUCUCCGAAAAAUCUACAAGGAGUCAGCUGAAGGGGAGGAAAGAUUACAAGUCCUAGGCAUAUUAUCUUCUUGCCGGGAUAAGGGUAUUGUCCUUGAAUCACUGAAUUUAAUUUUCACUAAUGAGGUUCGCAAUCAAGAUGCAUAUAUUCUCCUUAGAGGUAUUCAACCAGAGGCACGUGAAAUUUCGUGGAACUGGUUGAAGGAAAACUGGGAGCGCAUCUCAAGGACGUUUUCCGGGAGCUUGGCGGCGAAUUUUGUUAAAAACAUUGUUCCAUUGGUACAUUUAAUCACAGUUCUAUUGCCAUAUUUCCGUGAUCAUAUUCCCCAGUUUUGCAGGUAUUAUUUCCAUGAGGCCAUAGCUAAUGUGGACUUCCUUGUUUCUUGUCAGUUCACCUCCAACGAGAAGGCGGCAGAGAUCUCCAAGUUCUUUGCAACGCGCACAAAGCCCGGAUUCGAGAGGACGCUGAAGCAGAGCCUUGAAACCGUGCGGAUCAGUGCGAGAUGGGCCGAGGGCAUCAGGAGCGAGCCCGGGCUUUCACAGACGGUGCGCGAGCUCCUGGCCAAGCCCUGACGUGCUGCAGCUAGAGUGCUAGGUUACAGUUGUUGUUGGCAAUAAGAAUGCAUUUGUGCCUUAUCAUGUGUGGAAACUGUGGUUUGAGAUGAUAUUUGGUUGUACAUUUGUAGUGGUGGUGGUAGUGAGUCAGCUGAUGCCAGUUUGUAGCCAAAUCAUUGAUUGUUAUGCAUAUGGUGCAAACGGGUUGUAUGAAGAAUGAUAAUGUCAAGGAGGAACUAGGUAGCAUAUCCAUUAAAAGGAAAUUCAGGCAAAACAAAGAAAAUUUUGGCAAA